CCCAGCACUUGAGAAAUGAGCUAAUUUAAACACUGUUGGAUAGAUAGAGCUGCGAGGGAGAAAUCAGUUGUUUGACCAGUUUUGCAUAACACUGACAGCAGAGCCCGAGCAGGGAGGAGUGGAGCUCACACAAGACAAAGCAGGCAACUCUAGGGAAACAGAAGCCACAUACUGGGCUCUUUAAUGAGUGACUGCGCUUCGGCUACUUGAGAUCUCCAGCGUGAGAAGCAGUUGUGGAUGAAGUUCUGUAGCUGCACAGAAGCACAUAAUAGCUUGAAAGCUGCUUUUAGUAAGUUGCGGUGGUGAGGAGGUGCUGGUAGGACCUUCAUCCUGCAAUCACUCUGGACGUUUUGAGGUCCCAAGGAUGUUUUCCAGACCACUCAGGAGCCAAUGGAAAGAAAACAUUUGAUGAGCCUAGAACAUGAUAUGGUAUGAGGUGCUUUACAAAGGACAAGAUAUUUCAGCGGAAUAAGAAAAAUAAGGACAAUCCACUGAUUGCAGUAAUAAGGAGAUGCGGAAGAUCAUAAGAGAUAUUUGGAGCACAGAGGAUUGCUUGCAAGGUUUUAGAGAUUUAUAGGCUGUACAACAUGCUACAGGUGAGCAGCCUCAGGUCACAGCCUUUCGCAGGUGGCAGAGGAAAGAGUGGUACUCAGCAGAAGAACAUCCUAACUGUCCAUUAAGAUCUCAGGCUGGGUAUCCAAGGAGCUCAGGAAUGUGAAUGAAAAGAUAAAAGGAACUGAUCAUUGAUAAAAAAGUGAGAAGAUUCCAAAAAUCUCACUGGGAACAGUAGAUCCAUCCAGCAGCUCCUGAUUACUCAAGGUGCAACUUGCGGCUGGACAUUUAAUAACAUAGGAUGUGGGGUGCAUGUUGAAGGAGGCUGUGCGGAACCCUGGGUAAGGGGAUCGCAUUCCUGCAAGUAUCUCCACUUACAAGCUGCACACCGCUGGACAGCGCAUGGUGAAGCACAAGGUGCUGGUGACCACUCUGCACCCUCAGGUGUCUGCCCAGAAUGAUACUUGAGGAGGUGUGGCAGUCAGAGGGGGUCCAAACUCUGGGCAUUGUCUUCUUGGUCUUCAGCUCACUUAAAUUAUUGCACAUUCUUGGGAUUAUUGACUUCUCCGAGGAAGAUAGCGUGGAAGAUGAAUUUGAGCUCUCUACAGUUUGUCACCGUCCAGAGGGAUUGGAACAGCUUCAACAACAAACCAAAUUCACCAAAAAAGAACUUCAGGUUCUUUAUCGAGGCUUUAAAAAUGAAUGUCCAAGCGGUCUUGUUAAUGAAGAUAAUUUCAAACAAAUUUACUCCCAGUUUUUUCCACAAGGAGACUCCAGCAUGUAUGCACAUUUUCUGUUCAACGCAUUCGACACCGACCACAAUGGCUCCAUCAGCUUUGAGGAUUUCGUAGCAGGGUUAUCUGUUAUCCUCAGAGGGAGCAUCGAUGAUAAACUCAACUGGGCAUUCAACUUGUACGACUUAAACAAAGAUGGCUGCAUCACUAAGGAGGAAAUGAUGGAUAUUAUGAAGUCCAUUUAUGACAUGAUGGGCAAGUAUACGUACCCAAAUAUGAGAGAGGAAGCCCCGAGGGAACACGUGGAAAACUUUUUUCAGAAAAUGGAUAGAAAUAAGGAUGGCGUAGUUACGAUUGAGGAGUUUGUUGAAUCUUGUCAAAAGGAUGAAAAUAUCAUGAGGUCAAUGCAACUAUUUGACAAUGUAAUUUAGCGACCGUUUGAAUCACCAACGUUACUUGAAGAUCAAACUUUCAAACAGACUUCCUUCUGACUGCACAAAUACAGAAUAGUGUGUUUAAAGAGAAUUAAGAUGCAACUAUAAUCUCUGUAUGUUUUUGUUUUUCUGGCUAUUGUAAAAUCAAAAGGCUUAAGAAGUAGAUCGCCCUCUCGAAGGUUCAAAAACAAUUCCAUGUGACGUUGGCACGCUGCCACCAACUGGACCCAGCCUUGGGUCUUGGAUAGUUUUCAAGAGACCUUUGUCAACUCAAGAAUGCGUCUCGUCACGAUACAACAUGGGGACAACCUGGACAGCGGUUUUUGGAGGUCUUUGGAGACGUUGCUUGCUUUUCAUGGUGUGAAACCAAAAUUGGACUAAAGUCUAAAAAACCAAGGGGAACUCAUUGUUUUGUACCUUUAAAUAUUAUUGUUUUUUUCGUU